AUGAAAUCAACUUUAAUUAAUUCUUAGUCCUUACCUUAAUUAUAAUCACGUAUGAUUCAUUCGAAGAUGCCAGAAGAUAGAAUUCCUAAACCUUGUAAAUAUCCUUUAUUUGAGCAGCCUUAGUUUGAUUUAAAACCUGAAAAACAUAAAUCAAGAUCUCCCUUAAGAUUAAAUCCUGCUAUUAGAUCAACAUAUUCCAAAUUUAAAGCAUCAAGUGUCAAAGUACAAUCAUCUUUUAUUGAAGAGCUAUAAUAAUUAAUUAUUUGAUUAGU